AUGUCUACCAGCUACACCAUCUCUGUAGAGAAUCAGCGCGGCGAGAACACUAACUAUGCCGUCUUUAUGAACCCUCCGGACUUCACUGGAGGCCAGCAACCUUGGAUGAAUGUGUGGUACACCUCGUUCGUUCCUUAUCAUGGAAGCUUUGAAGUCCGUACUGGAGCGGACUUUUAUGCGUGGGUUGGCACUGUGCCUACGGCACCAGCGCCAGGCGUUGUAGUCACUAGUGGCAUGAGCCUGUUGGCUCGUCUUGGUACAACUGGGGUCCCUGGAAGCACUUUUGACAAGAAGAUCAUUCAAAGCUUCCCCACGAUUACCGAGAUCAACCCAAGUGCCAUUCCUGGUGCCUUUGAGAUUAAAACUGGUACCGACUUUGCGGUUCCCAACAAUACCUAUCUUGUCGGGCUUGCGAAAGUCAAUAACCGUGGACAAGUUGCCCCAGUUGCUUCGAUUGCCCCACGCAACAAUAUGAAUAUCCAGAUCACUCCAAAGAUGAAGUUCUUCGUCUCUGAAAGCCAGCAAGUUGCGGGCGAGAUUGUUGACUAUGAUGCUGUUGCUAGAGACGGCGCUACCAUUGACUUUAGCAGUGGUGAAGGUCAGGGCAAAUUCUACGCCCGCGUGAUCCAAAACACUGACGGCAGGUUUACCGUUACUUAUUAUGACAACUUCGAUUAA